UGGGUUUUGGAUAGUAUAGGGGUGUUAACCACAUUGACUUCUGGCCAAAUUCAAGUCUGGUGAAUUACAUUCCACCCACUUAAAUCCCCCCUGUAAUUUCAACUGAAUACCUUAAUCUUCAGUUCCUGUUGCUCUGCACUGUUAAACAGUUGUUAUAUUUCACACCAGAAGUGGCUGCAUUUCAGUGGUAGGCAAAGUUUUGAUUCAUUUUUUUUAUGUAAAACUCCAUUAAUAAAUAUUUUAAAGUCCUUUGGGAUCCACUAGGAAAUGUAACUGCUUAUGAGGGAAUGGAGAAUCCAGGAAGAUCCUUGUGUACAGAGCACAUGUACUGCAGAGCAGUGACAGCACUAGAUAAACUCUCAUGCAGCAACUUUGUAACUAAUGUUGAUCCCUUCUCUAGUAGCUCUUUCAUAGUGCAUCCUGCUUGGGUUACCAGACCUCUCAUCCCCCAAAGGUGUUCAUGGAUUGGCCACUGUCCUCAUUUCCCUGACACAGCAUGUAAGGGACUGAAGGUGUGGGAAAAAUCAGUGGACAUUGCUCAUGUUCCUGUUCUAGCAAGAAGGGACUCUGAUGGGUUUUAUUAUCUUGGUACAAUAAAGCAGGAGAUAGAGGGCAAGAGAGGAACUUACCUGGUAGAGUUUGACAAACCACUUGCAUCAGGUGACAAGUAUUCAGUAUGUGUGCAAAAAACAGCCAGGGAUGAUAUCCUUGAAUAUGUCAAUGGAAUGAGGCACUCCAUACUCCCUGGAGACAAAGUGCUGGCACCCUGGGAACCAGACCUGGCCAGAUAUGGCCCUGGAACCAUCCUACUGGGCAUUGAAACACGGGAUCCCCUGAGAGCCUCAGAGGAUGAAGAAAUCAUGGUCUGUUUUUGGAAUGACAAGAAAGUGAAAGUACCACUAGGUGUGGCCUUAUGGAUUCCACCAGACACGUGGGAAAGGAUAGUAGAGAUGAUUCACAUGCCCUUCACCAGCCGAUUAAAGCUUACAAACCCCACCACCACCACUAGCUCUUACACUUCUACUUGCAGACUUCUAAGUGCCCCCAUCCAUUCAUGUGCUUUAGACAAUGGGCUAAGUAAGUACAGGUGGCCGUGGCCAUGGCCAUUUAUCUGCCCCCCUUUCCAUAGUCAUUGUCACAGUAUAUGCUGUUCACCAGUCCAUGUGGGAUGCAUCUGCUGCUCCCACCCCAAAUUCAGUGCCUGGCGGCCUCUACUAUCCACAUCUUUGCUCCCUCAAAGAAGCACUAAACAGCAAGAGUCCAAUAACAAGCCCACUGCACAACUGCUAGAAUUGGAAAGUCCAAAGGAAAAUGAACGAGCAGCAGCUGCUACUACUGCUGCUUCCUCCUCCUCCUCCUCCUCUGAUUUAGAAAGUGAGGAAGAGAUGGGCCUAACGAAGAGCAUGGUGGUGGAUAGUGCUGUUAAUACAGAUUCUAGCCUUUUCAAAAAACCCAAACUGAAAGAUGCUGCAAGACCUGAAUGGAAGUAUUGGAAGAGAAGCCACACCAAGUCACAUCCUAGGAAUCCAGGAAUCAGCAUUCCCAGCAGCAAGUGUACAAAGGGGAAAGCAGAAUCCGGAACCAUUUUCUCCUUGGACAUGCACCCUGUUGCACCAACCAACCAGAGUGCAAUGUUUGAAACUAUUGAACAGUCUCCGAGAAGACAUCUCACGCUGAAAGAUGUCUUAAUCUACCAUGAUUUCAAGCCAUCAGGGAGGCCACAGGCCACUCCUUUUUUAGAGAAACUUGGAGAAAAUCAAAUAGAAUGUGAACGCCAGAGAAGAGCCUGCAUGGAACAAAAAAGAAAGAAAAAAAUCCAGCAGCAGCAGCGGGAGUGUGAAAGAGAACAGCAGGCUGAAGAGAAGUACUACACUGCACAGGAACACCGGAGGAACAAGAAACUGCAGCAUUUUGAGAAUGAAGAUAAGAAGGUAAAAGAACAAGACAGAAAGCAGAAUCAGACAAUGAAAACAAAGCAACUCGCACAGCAGAGGACAAACCUGAAGAUGCAGACCAUGGCAGAGGAGGACAGGCAGAAAGGACAGCAAAGACUAGCUCAUCUGCAACGAGUCAGAGACACACAUGAUGAGAGGGAAUUUAAUAAGUGUAUAGAUGAAGAAAUUAAAGAGAAACAAUCUCAGGAAGCCCGAAGGAGAAGAGUGGAGACCCAGUACAAGUUAAUGGCAGAAAAGAUCUCUCAAGAUGAAAAACAGAAGGGAAAAUAACCAGAUAGCACAGAACAAAGGAGAUACAAAUAUUUAUGUAGAAUUCCAACCGCUGUUAUGGCUACCAUACUUAAAGCUUCCCCCAAAUAAAAUCUACUAGAACCUUA